AUGAUUCCAUCCAUAUACGGACAAUUAGCAAGUUCUGGAGCGAUCAGUGAUCCUCUAGUUCAAGCUGCCGCAGCAGCAUUAGCUGCUCAAUCAGCUGCUGUUACUAAUAACGCUACUGAUGCGCUUUCUACUACUGGCAUUCGUGACACAACGUUUACAAAAAUUUUCGUCGGUGGAUUACCAUAUCAUACGUCAGAUAAAACAUUACACGAAUAUUUUGAGCAAUUUGGUGAAAUUGAAGAAGCUGUUGUUAUCACUGAUAGACAAACGCAAAAAAGUCGCGGAUAUGGUUUUGUCACAAUGAAAGAUCGAGUUGCAGCUGAACGAGCUUGCAAGGAUCCUAAUCCAAUUAUUGAUGGUCGAAAAGCAAAUGUCAAUUUAGCAUAUUUGGGUGCUAAACCCCGUGGCAAUAUUCAACUUGCUGCGCUUUCUAACGGAUUACAGCAAAUUCCGCUGCAAGCGCAACUGCAGGCUCUAUUUCCCGGUCGCAUUGCCGGGUAA